CAACCUCUCACCUUAUCACGAAGCUCUAUAAUCAACUAGAUUUUUGAAUACCUACUGGUCUUUCGAAUCACUCAAAACAUGGACAGCUUAAAGGCCCAGAUCGAAUCAAAGCGGAAACUAACCAACCUCACAUCAAAUGAAGGACCAGCACCGAAGAAAUAUAUGAGAAAAGGGGAUAUAGAAAAAGCAAAACUAGAAGCAGAAAGAGAAGAAAAAGAAAGAAAACGAACAAUUUCACAACAAGCAAAUUUUAAAGAGACAGAAGAUCGAUUGAUUCCAUCAGGAUCAAAGGAAGGUAUUAAUACAUCACUUGAUGGUCAAGCCACACCCAAUGGUUUAGAAAACGAAAAUGAUCAAGUCGUACCUGAAUUAUUCAAUAUUUCAAAUGAAGAAGCAGUACGUAGAUUAAGAUCUAGAGGACAACCGAUUCGAUUGUUUGGUGAAAGUGAUAAAGAACGUAGAUUAAGACUUAGAGCAUUACAAUUAAUUGAAGAACGUACUGAAGGUGGACGGAAUGAAUUAAUGAGAGCUUUAGAAGGUGUAGAAGGUAAUAUGGAUUUAGAAGAAUUAGCUAAAAGAGCAAGAGAUGCAAAUGUGAAAGGUGAUUCGAAUAUGAAUAAAGAUGGCAAACUUGGUUCGGGUGAUGAGAUGGAUGGAGACAUGAAAAAUGCAGAAGACGCUGAAGUGACCGUUGAUCUUGAAUUAAUCAAAACGGAUCCACGUAAGAUUUAUCCUCAGAUUUAUUUUGCUCUGAAACGUGUAUUAAAGGAAUGGGAACAAUCUAUGGCAGAGAGACCAGACCAUAUCAGACGUAGUACGCAAGGAAAACUAGUAGCAGCAACCCAAAAGCAAUCUGCAGAAUACUUGAAACCCCUCUUCAAAUCCCUCCGAAAAAGAGAUCUUGCACCAGAUGUACUUCAAGCAGUUGCAGAAAUCGUACAUAACAUGCAAACACGUGAAUAUAUCAAAGCAAAUGAUGCAUACUUAAGACUUUCGAUUGGAAAUGCACCAUGGCCAAUUGGAGUGACUAUGGUAGGGAUUCAUGAACGUAGUGGACGUGAAAAGAUUUUUAGUAAUAAUGUAGCACAUGUUUUAAAUGAUGAAGUUAGUAGAAAAUAUAUUCAAAGUUUAAAAAGGAUUCUUACUUUUGCUCAGACGAAACGACCUCCGGAUGAUUUAGCACGAAAAAUGGGAUAGACACUGGUGUGAACUCAUUUUGGUGGUUUGGAGUGUGCUAAAUAGGCGAGGGUGUUAUGUCACAUGUAUUGCUAUUUCUAAUCAACCACAAUAUCAAAUCUGUCAUGUUUGGUGAUCUUCAGCUUUUAUAUAGAUUAAAAGAUGUUACAGAUUCUACCAUCAUUAUCUUUU